AUGGACGUUUCCAAAAUUCGCAGCCAUUUUCCGGCGUUGGACCAGAAGCAACUGGAGGUUCGCAAGUACUACAAGAAGUCAUCGACUCGUCAGGGACCAUCAUUCCAUCCCCAAGAAACAACCGCUCUAACAGACGACAGCAUCUCCAAGUACCUCGCAACCAACAACGUCCAGCUCGGCGCCAGCUACCCCAUCGGCCAAGCCUCCACCAAGCUCGUCGACGAAGGCACCAAGGCCGUAGCAAACUACAUCAACGCCUCCCCCGAAGAAGUCGUGCUCGGUCCCAGCACCACCCAACUCUUCCGGAACCUGUCCCAGUCUUUAUACGAUUACAUUACGCCAGACUCCGAAAUCAUCGUCUCCAAACUCGACCAUGAAGCCAACAUCGCCUCCUGGGUCCAGCUCGCAAAGGACAGAGGCGCGACGCUGAAAUGGUGCGAACCAGAAGACAAGACGAACCCGCAGAUCGCGCCCGAUGUACUUCGCAAAUUGAUGAGUGACAAAACGAGACUCUUCGCCUGCACGCAAACCAGCAAUAUCCUCGGAACGAUCAACGACGUCAAAGCCAUCGCAAAGACAGUCCACGAGGUUCCCGGAGCGCUGUUCUGCGUCGACGCCGUAGCGUACGCUCCGCACCGCGCGAUCGAUGUUCGGGACUGGGGCGUCGAUUUCUACUCCUUCUCCUGGUACAAGCUGUACGGCCCACACAUAGCAUGUCUCUACGCUUCCAAACCAGCACAGAAGCACAUGCGGACGCUGGGACAUUACUUCAAACCAACCAACACGCUUGAGAAUCUGCUAGGACUAGCGGCAGCGAACUACGAGCUCACGGCUUCGAUACCGGAGGUGGUGAAGUAUCUGGAAGCGGUGCCUUGGGAGGAGAUAUCGAAGUAUGAGGAGAAGUUGCAGAAGAUUCUGAUUGAUUAUCUGAAGUCGAAGGAGGAGAUUCAGAUUUGGGGUGAGCCGGUGGCGGAUCGGGGGAAGAGGGUGCCUGUUAUUAGCUGGAGUGUUAAGGGGAAGAGUAGUAAGGAGGUUGUGGAGGCUGUGGAGGGGAAGAGUAAUUUUGGAUGGGGAGCGUUCUACAGUAAUCGACUUGUUGAAGAAGUGCUUGGUCUGGAUCCUGUUGAUGGUAUUGUCAGGGUAUCGAUGCUACAUUACAAUACCGAGGACGAGAUUCGUGAGUUCGUGAAGGUGUUUGACCAGGUAGUGUUCCAAUAG